AUGUUUUCUUUUCUAUUUUUCUAUUUUUCAAUUUUUUUCUUCCUUUGUAGUCUUUUUCUCUUUUCUUUUCUCUAUAGUGAAGAAUUUUUUUUAUUAUUUACCUAUUUUCUGUCUUUUGUCUUUUACUUUCUCAUUUUACCCUCUCUUUAUUUUAUCUUCAUCGACUUUCUUAUUCUCUUUUCUUCUUUUUCUUCUUCUUCUUCUUCUUCUUCUUCUUCUUCUUCUUCUUCUUCUUCUUCUUCUAACAUUUUCUUUUCUUUCAAUAUUAACCUAGAUUGGUGUUCUCUUGAGAAAUGCACCCGUUCAUCGCUUGACGUUUUCAGCAGAAUUCAUAAUCACAUUCGUAAUCAGGUAACCUUUUAUUCUUCAUAUGCAUCUUCUUUUUCGUCUUCUUCUCCUUCUUCUCUUUCUUCUAAUUGCUAUUAUUAUUACUCAUUUGAUAUUUUCCUAUAUUUUCUUUUUACUAAUCUCUUCUUCUUCUUCUUCUUAUUAUUAUUAUUGUUUUUCUCCUCCUCCUCCAUCAACAUAAUAAUCAUCAACUUCUUCUUUUUUCGCAUGUUUACUUCUUAUUAA